AGGGCAGGCUUGUUGCUCCGCUGCUAAGUGCAGGGCUUUUAGUCCCUCCCGGUCUCUGCUUUAGGCAGUGUCUCAGUGCUUCUUUCACCUUCUUUAUUGAGAGGUAAAGGUCAAUGCAGAACUGUGGUGUAAGAUGCCUUAUGGUGAAAUUGAAGCUAAAUCCAUGGGACAUGGGGAACAACUAAUAAGUGAACCAUGCUAUAAGAAAUUGAAGUCUACUGAAGAGGCAUAUGUUUUCCCCCAUCAUGGUAAUGCUAAUUUUCAGAGAAAGCAAGAGAAAACUGGAAAUGAUUGGGUCCCUGUGACCAUCACUGAUGUCAGAGGACAUAGUUAUCCUCAGGAGGACAAAACCAAAACUACAAAUUUGCUGAAACCUGUGCAUGAUGAGUUGUUUGGUAAUAGGCCAGAUGUUAUUAAUUCUGUUGAUUCACAAGUUUUACGGGAUACACGUCCUCCACUGGUAUCCACAGAUGAUGAGAUAUAUAGCACAAGUAAAGCAUUUAUAGGACCCAUUUACAAACCCCCUGAGAAAAAGAAAUGUAAUGAAAGGAGGAAUCAAGCAGGCACUAUCAGUGGUAUAGAUUGGAAAGGAGAACGAAAAGAGAAACAGAAAUUUAAUUCUAAAAAAUCAGAGAUUGACAAUGAAUUAUUCCAGUUUUACAAAGAAAUUGAAGAGCUUGAAAAUGAAAAAGGUGAUUCAGAAAGCAGUUGUAAGGAACGUGAACCCUCUGAGGAACAACUCAUUCCAUAUUAUCAGGGCCAUAAUAAUCUGUUAGAGUCUGAAGAAGAAAAGAAAAGAGAUUUUACCAGUGAUCUUCAGUCAUAUUGGGGUUAUCAGCAGGGUUAUCAGCAGUGUGUUCGGAAUGAGCCAGGUAAAUAUCCUUAUAAUGGCCAAGUAAUACCUACCUUUUGUGGCAAUUCAUUUACUUCCUUCAGGCCUGAGUGGCAAUCAAUGCGUUCUUUUAUAGUACCACAAGGCCCUCAUCUUCCCAGUUUUAACUAUCACUUAAAUAUUCAAAGAUUCAACGUUCCACCAAAUCCAUCAUCAAAUAUUUUCCAUGCCCAAGAUGGCUUUCAGAUGCAAAAUGGAUAUUAUGUAAAUAGUUGUCACGUUAACUGGAAUUGUUUGACUUUUGAUCAGAACAAUGAAUAUACUGACUGUAGUGACAUUACCAGUAGUGACCACCCCUCUAGAAAUGGCUACACUGUGCAAGAUGAAUAUGCAAAUAAUGGUUUCUAUGAAACCAGUGAAGGAUGCUGGAAAGAUCCUUCUGUGGACAAGCGUAAUGGAACUGACAGGUUUAUGAACCAGCAUUUUCAAGAGGAAAAGUUAUAUAAAUUGCAGAAGUUACUUAUUCUUUUAAGAGGUUUGCCUGGUUCUGGGAAAACAACAUUGUCUCGAAUUCUGCUUGGUCAGAGUCGUGAUGGCAUUGUGUUCAGCACUGAUGACUAUUUUCACCAUCAAGAUGGGUACAGGUAUAAUGUUAAUCAACUUGGUGAUGCCCAUGACUGGAACCAGAACAGAGCAAAACAAGCUAUCAAUCAGGGGAGAUCUCCAGUUAUUAUAGACAACACUAAUACACAAGCUUGGGAAAUGAAACCAUAUGUGGAAAUGGCCAUAGGAAAAGGAUACAGAGUAGAGUUUCAUGAACCUGAAACUUGGUGGAAAUUUGAUCCCGAAGAAUUAGAAAAGAGGAAUAAACAUGGUGUAUCUCGAAAGAAGAUUGCUCAGAUGUUGGAUCGUUAUGAAUAUCAAAUGUCCAUCUCUAUUGUAAUGAAUUCAGUGGAACCGCCACACAAAAGCACACAAAGACCUCCUUCACAGGGGAGACAGAGAGAAAGAGAUUUGAAGAAAACUGGGCACAGGCUCAGCAAAGCCAAGAAGAGAAACAGAAAAAGAAAAAAAAAGCAGAACAGUCAUAGUAAAAUCAUGGAGGAAAACUCAUUUGAAACCUUAAGUUAUCUUACACCAGAAGAUCAGGACCCAUCUCAGAGUGAAGAGGAAGACUUAGAAGAGACCAAAAGAGAAUCAGAGUGUUCCUUAACUGGUGGUCUGAGAAAUGAAGUAGGAGAUUUUGUGAAUGUCCAUAAAGAUGAGAGACAGGAAAACAUAAAUUCUGAAAACAGUUUGCCACAUGUUAUGUCUGUAGUUGAGUUGGACAAUACACCAAAGAAUUUCCUCCCCAAGGAAGAUGAUGACUUGUUUCUAAGUUUGUCAUUGAUGCCAAAUGAAAGCUCUGUUUCUUGUUCAACAGUGACUCAAAAUCUCUCCUAUGUAGCAAGUGAUGACUGCCCUGGCACAAAGGUAGAAAAGUAUAUUGAAAGUAGGGAUAUCAUGGCAUUACACAUCCAAGACCGAUUUGUUGAAACCCCGUGCUCAUUUAUGCAGAAGAAAGAGAUGGUAGAUAAGAGUCUCCUGAAUGAAACAAGUCUAUACCAUCAAUAUGGAUCCAGAACUUCAGAUAAAGUUUUAAGAAAGGAACAAGGAGUAAAUACAUCUAAAAACAGUUACUGGGCUUUUUUCUCAAAUGAUUUCUCUGAUGAAGAAUUACAGUUGGGCUCUGAUAGACAACCCUAUUUUGGUAGCUGGCCUGAGGGACCUAAUAAGUUUAUCUGUGAACAGAGACCAAAGAGAGAGAGAUGGCAAAAACGGGCUCAACCUGACAACGGGGGACAAUUGAUUAAAUUGAUCUCUCCUUCUGAAGGAGCAUCAGGACCAGGAAACAGUCCUGAAACAUUGAUAGAAAAGAAGCUAUCGAUAGAAAAUGAAGAUUUGUCACCUCCAACUGAGAAUAUAGAUUCAAUCAUAGAAACAGAGACAAAUAUCUUUGGAAGCCACUUCCUUAAACUGGAUAGCCUAAAGAAUGCCUUACACUCAACAAAGAAUAAAAAAAGGAGGCAGAAAAGGAUUUUCAGUUUGGCACCAAACUUUAACUUACUGGGACAGAGUCAUAUCAGUGUAAAAGAAAUGGGGAAAUGUGAAUUGUUAACAGAAAGCCAUGGAAUAAAAAUUAUUUUGGAAGAAGAAAAAGAUGUAAUUUCAGAAAUAAAUAAUGAAGAAAAGAAUAAGCAAAACAUUAUGACCUUCAAUCAUCAUCCAUCAUGGUUUUACUUUGACAUUGUCAAAGAUUCUCUUCUAAAUGUUGGUGGACAAUUUUAUUCUCAUUACCUGCUAUUUAAUAGACUAAGGCACUCUGUGUAUUUUUACAAAAGCCCCAUUCCUUCUCUUAUGCUACAAUAUACAUCUAGCUUUUGGAAGAUAUCUUUUACAAGCAAGAAACCGUUUUUGACUUUCAACUCUCAGAGGAGAGUAGAUGAUAAACUAAAUGAUGUAAGGUUCACUUCUUCAGAAAUUUUAAGUAGCCCACCUGAUACUUUGUACUCUUUUAGGGUCACUUCUGAUCUUCACUUUUUAAAUGAAAGUUUUGGUGAAAAGCUAGAGACAUGGGAAGAACCUAAACCAUUACAGUUCUCACAAACAGAGGAUAACCAAGAUUUAACAAGCACUGACUACUUUGAUUCCCUUGAGCUACCAUUAUCACAAGAGUUUGCCUUUCAACUAGUAAAGCUUUUUGGAUCUCCUGGAGUUCCAGUGGAAUCUUUGUUGCCCGACGACUGUGUGGUUCCUCUUGACUGGAAGACGCUGAAGAUGAUCUGUUUGCAGUGGAAGACGUCAGUAGAGAAAAGACAGAAGAAGAUUGGUUAAAAAAAUGAGGAUUCCUUGAACUUUGAAGUCUCCGUCUUCCUGUUACUGUUGAAGAUCCUCAUCAUCAAGAAAGAGUGCUAAGUGCCAACCUGAAGGAUAAUUUAGAGCCAUACA